UUCCUGUCUUUUACGGAUCGUUACCUACGGUCAUUAGGUCAGCGGUACCCACUGUAACCAGGCCUUGAUUCCUUAGCAACCAAACAGAAAACUGAAUCGUAGAAUGAGAGAUGCUUCAACACCAACAAGUUGUUGCCACUGUUUGAAUACGUUUCUUCUUCGAUCUGGCGAAUUUGUGGAGACCGUUUGCACAUGAACUCCUAGAGUACCUCUAAAAGCCUGAAGAUAAUUGUCGGAUAAGGGCAUUUCGCUUAGAAGUGAACCGAUAAACCUCGAUCUACAACCAAGAUGUCGAUCGCUGUUGCCACUCCGAGGCAUUGCUUCGGCUUGAAAGCCGAUGUAGCCAGUAAUAUCUGCUACUUGGAUGAACAAACCAUCAUAUAUCCAGCGGGGUCGAACUGCAUUUUGUAUAACAUCGAUCAGAAAUCGCAGCGAUUUAUCCCUGGAUCUGAUAAAAGUGUGGGAAUGACAGCGAUGGCAGUUAGCCCAAACAGACGAUAUGUUGCCAUUGCAGAAAAGGGUGAAAAAGCCACGAUCACUAUUUACGAUCUUCAUACUCUGAGAAAAAAGAAAGUCCUUAGUCAUCCCGAAGUUCAGUCUGCAGAGUUUGUUAGCCUGGCUUUCUCCCCAGACUCCAAGUAUUUGGUCUCACAGUCUGGCCGACCCGACUGGACUUUGCUUUACUGGACAUGGGAAAAAGCCAAAGUAAUGGCGUUUACCAAGUCUUCUAAUCAACAGGACUCCGCCGUUUACCAGGUUUCAUUUAAUCCACAAGAUAACACACAGCUUUGUGUUGUUGGCAAUGGGAUAUUCAAGCUUUUCCGCUACAGUGAGGGUAAUCUCAAACAGUUUGCUUUCCAAAAGAUGGAGCCACAGAACUUCUUGUGUCAUGCAUGGGUCUCUGAUGAAAGGAUCAUAACAGGGACAGACACCGGUCGCUUACUUCUUUUUGAGUCUGGAGAACUAAAGAAUGAGUUCAGUGUUUUGGGAGGUGGACCAAGUGCUCCAGGCACUGCAAGACAACUAAGCACUGCUGCUAUUGGAGCAGAUCCUUCCCCAACCCAAACAGCAUAUCCCCAGAUCACAUGCAUUGCUGCCUACUCCAAAGGUUUUAUUUGUUCUGGUGGUGCCGGCACUGUCCAUCUGUUUGAGAAAGCAGAAGAGAAAGAUGCCUACAAAAAGAGCAGAGAGAUUAGAAUCCCAACUGAUACAACCAAUCCUGACCCGCAAAUGAUUGAAAGUCAGGAAAUAAAGGAUCUGACUGUCAGUCCCUCUGAGGAGACUUUGGUGUGCAGCACCAGCACAUCACAACUCUACAGCAUCACACUGUCAACUGCAGACCUGGGAAAGGGUGAUCUUGCAACUUUUGAGCUUCUCUCCCAAUCUUUCCAUCAUGGGGUUAUCACUGGAAUGGAUGUUUGCAUCAGAAAGCCUUUGAUAGCAACUUGCAGUUUGGAUAGAUCUGUGCGAAUAUGGAAUUAUGAGACUUGCUCUCUGGAGGCAUAUAAAGAAUUCCAAGAAGAAUGUUAUAGCAUUGCCCUGCAUCCUUCUGGUCUAUACAUCUUGGUUGGAUUUAGCGACAAGCUGCGGUUAAUGAACCUGCUGAUUGAUGACAUUAGAUACUUCAAAGAGUUUACUAUUCGAGGAUGCAGAGAGUGCUCAUUCAGCAAUGGUGGUCAUCUUUUUGCUGCUGUCCAUGGUAAUGUCAUUCAGCUUUACUCAUCAACCACGUUUGAAAAUGUUGGAAACCUGAAGGGUCAUAAUGGUAAGGUCCGCCAAGUUAUUUGGAGUCAGGACGACAGUAAGAUUAUUUCUUGUGGAAUGGAUGGAGCAGUUUAUGAAUGGAAUGUGUACAACUACAAGCGUGAAGGAGAAAGUGUACUCAAGUCCUGUAGCUAUACAAGUGUAACAGUAUCACCCGAUGGGCGUACAACAUUUGCUGUUGGCUCUGACAGAACUAUCAAGGAAAUUUGUGAUUCGCAGAUACUCCGUGAAGUCCCAGCAUCUGACAUGGUGCUCACACAGUGUGUGAUGUCCAGGUCAGGGCGGAUGUUGUUUGCUGGUACUGCAUCAGGUACUUUACGAGCAAUGAAGUUUCCUUUGACUGUACCAGGAGAGUGGCAGGAACACCAAGUCCAUGCUGGAUCCAUUAAUAAGAUGCGCAUGUCAUAUGAUGACCAGUAUCUCUUUACUGCAAGUGAGGAUGGCUCUCUCUACAUCUACAAGGCUGUUGAUAAGGAAGGGCGUGGUCUUAAGAGGGACAAGGAAGUGGGGUAUGCCGAGGAGAUCCUUAUCACCAAGUCAGACCUUGAGGAAAAGAAUGCAAUGAUGGCAGAGCUGAAAACUCGUGUUGAGGAGUUGAAGAUGGAGAACGAGUACCAGCUACGGCUCAAAGACAUGAACUACAACGAGAAGAUAAAGGAGCUGACCGAGAAGUUCAUCCAAGAGAUGGAGUCCCUGAAGACCAAGAACCAAGUCCUCAAGACCGACAAGGACAAAGAGGAGGCUAAACACGAAGAAGAGGUUGCGGAUCACAUGGAGAAGCACAGUAAAGAGUUACAAGAUCUCGAGUCAGCCAAUAACCAAAAGCUCAUGUCCGAGUACGAGAAAUACCAGGAGUUACAGGCGAAGAGCCAGAAAAUGCAGGAAGACUAUGAGCGCCAACUGACGGAGAUGGAGGAAGCCAGAGAACAGGUGCUUGAGGAGCUUACCGAGUACUACGAGAACAAACUACAGGAAAAGACUGCUCAGCUGGACCAGUCUCAAGAGGAGUCAAGGCAACAACUCCGCGAGUACGAAGAAACCAAGAAGCAGAUAGAGGAAGAUGCAGAUCGGGAGAUCCUUGAUAUCAAGAACAAGUACGAGCGACGGCUGAGAGAGGAGAAGGAGGCGAACCUAAGGCUUAAAGGAGAGACAGGAAUAAUGAGGAAAAAGUUCACAAGCCUGCAAAAGGAAAUCGACGACUACAAGGCGGAAAUUCAACGCCAACACAACGAGAAUGUCAAGCUUCAGGGUGUUAUCAAAUCGCUAGAAAAAGACAUCUAUGGGCUGAAGAAAGAAAUCCAGGAACGUGACGAGACGAUCCAAGACAAGGAAAAGAGGAUCUACGACUUAAAGAAGAAAAACCAGGAGCUGGAGAAGUUCAAGUUUGUACUGGACUACAAGAUCAAGGAACUGAAGAAGCAAAUCGAACCUCGGGAGAACGACAUAAAGGCAAUGAAGGAACAAAUUCAGGAGAUGGAGAGUGAACUUGAGCGGUUCCACAAGCAGAACACAAGCCUUGAACUGAACAUCACCGAGCUCAGGCUCAAGUUGAAAGCCACAGACAAAGAGAUGCACCAGGAGAGACAGAAGGUCCGAGAUGUGGAGGCGGUUGUCAAAAGGUUUAAGACCGAUCUUUAUAACUGCGUUGGAUUUAUCCAAGAGCCAAAGAAAUUGAAAGAAAAUGUUAAGGCGUUGUACCAGAAAUACGUACAGGACGAAACGCCUGAGUCCGCCGGCGUCGAUGCCGAUAUCCAGCGGGAGUACGCUCGACAACGUGAGCACUUGGAGCGAAGUGUGGCGUCACUGCGCAAGAAACUCACCAAAGACUCCGAAAUUCACCGCGCGGAUAAUGUCAGAAUUAUGCAGGAAAACGUUACGCUUAUCAAAGAAAUAAAUGACCUUCGACGUGAGCUCAAAAUCGCACGUACCCAAGUACACGACUUGGAGACCGCACUAGGUGUCAUGCGCAAACAGCAGCACCAAGGAAACGCGGGCUCAGACGACCAGAAUAACGCAGACGACAAGAAAUCCGACGAGCUCUUCCACAUGGAAAAAAUAGUCGACAUCCAGAAAUCGGAAAUUCGCAAGCUUAGAAGCCAAAUAAAAGAUCUUGAAAAUCUAGGUUACAACAGACCUCCCUCUGGUGGUAAACUACCGCCUGUUCCUGUUAUCUAAAGCUUUUAUGCAAUGGAAAAUCUGAAUUGUAAAUAUUGAGUGAAAACCCACUGUAAAACAUGACCUUGUGAAAAACUUUGUGAAAAACUGACAAAUAAUGUUGAUAUGCUCUCGUCCAAAAAUCAAGACUAUCUAAACACUUCAUUUUAUAUAGGAUAUAUUCAUUGUAAAUAGAUAAAAGUUGAGAAUAAAAGACGGUGUUUAUAA